AUGAUUUGCUUAAUCUGGAUUUUGGUCUCGAUUAUUACCAGUUUGUCGUCUGUACAAACACUGGAUAACGGACUUGCUCUUACUCCUCCCAUGGGAUGGAUGCACUGGCAAAGAUUUAGAUGUUUGGUUGACUGUGAAGCUUAUCCAGAUGAAUGCAUCAGCGAAAAGUUGUUUAAAGAAAUGGCUGACCAUUUAGUAUCAGAUGGAUACUUAGAAGCCGGUUAUGAGUAUCUCAUAAUAGAUGAUUGUUGGAUGUCCAAAGAAAGAGAUAGUGAAGGAAGGUUACAACCGAACGCCACUAGGUUUCCAAGUGGAAUUAAAGCCUUAUCUGAUUAUGUCCACGAUAAGGGAUUAAAAUUUGGAAUAUACGCAGACUAUGGAACCAAAACAUGUGCAGGGUAUCCAGGUAGUCAUGGAUAUCUAGAAAUUGAUGCUAAAACGUUUGCUGAUUGGGGCGUUGAUUACUUGAAACUGGAUGGGUGUUAUGCAGACCUUACAGAUUUACAACCAGGUUAUAUUGAAAUGGGCAAUUAUUUGAAUCAAACAGGACGUCCUAUAGUAUAUUCUUGUAGCUGGCCUGCCUACCAAGAACCUAAAGGUGUUAAGCCAAAUUACACUGCAUUACAAGACACGUGCAACCUAUGGCGAAACUGGGACGAUAUAGACGACACGUGGUCCAACGUCACCAGUAUUUUGAAAUGGUUUAGCACCAACCAAGACCGCAUAGCAUCCUUUUCUGGAGUAGGUCACUGGAAUGAUCCAGAUAUGCUAAUCAUAGGCAAUUUUGGUCUCAGCUACGAACAAAGCAAAGCUCAAAUGGCGAUAUGGGCAAUAAUGGCUGCCCCUUUGAUCAUGUCUGUCGAUUUAAGAACUAUAGAGCCUAGGUUUAGAGACAUACUCUUAAAUAAAGAGAUUAUAAAAAUUAAUCAAGACUCUUUGGGCAUUCAAGGACGAUUGGUGACUACGUUUAAGAAUAUUGAUAUUUGGACAAAGCCGAUUUUACCCAAAGAUAAAAACGGUGCCCCGUCUUAUGCUAUUGGUUUUUUGAGUAAUAGGGUGGAUGGUUAUCCUUACAUGUUAAACGUGACUUUAUCGGAGUUAAAUAUUACUGAAGCAGAGCAAUAUACAAUUAAGGAUAUCUUUGACUCCAAGACAUUCACCACUUCUCCCAGAGACAAGCUGAUUGUUCGGGUAAAACCAUCAGGUGUUGUGCUGCUCACUGCCACUCCCGUCUCAAAGUGAAACAUUCUCGAAAAAAUAUUUUUCAUUUUAUAUAUGUACCCCUGCUCUUCGAACAAUUAAAUAAAAAAAAUAAAGUAACAUUUUGAAGUAUAA